AUGCUCUUUCACAUCAUCACCGCAGGCUCUAUCUUUGCCGUACUGGCAACGGAGACCACCGCUCAGGCACUUCAAAUUCCGUCGUCAUGGCUGAACACGUCGUCGAGUACGAGUCGGAGCUCGCGUGAAGACAUAGCAUAUGGCGCGGCCAACACGCUUUACCACCAGAUCGGAAACACAGGUCAACGCACAGCGCAAUACCGCUCCAACUACUACGCCGUUCUGGCCCUUCAAGACUACUACAGCGGAAACACCACAUGGAUGGCAUACGUAACACCAAGCAUGCAAAGCUACUACCAACAGAUCGGGGUGUACGGUAACAAUCUUGAUACUUUCGCGGGUGGGGUAUUCGUUGGGAAUGUGUCCACCGACCUCGAUGUGUGCGCAGAGUGUAUCGGCCCUUUUUUCACGCUGUCGGCUUAUCUCUUCGAAGCUACGAAUCAAUCCUACUUCAGCGACGCGGCGCAGCUCUCAAUGGACUUCAUGAUCCGUCACAUGUGGAACGGAGCGUUUGUCGUUGAUACGUUCCGUCUCCGCGACUGUAGUUUGGAUCCCAAACCUUGUACACUCGAUCAAGCCGGAUUCGUGGAAGGGCUGUCUGUAUGGGCCAACAUCACUCAAAACGCUACUCUGACUUCGCUACUGAGAGACGUCGUGUCCAAUGUCACCACUUACCCGACAUGGACUUCGAACAGCGGUGUCAUAGACGAGUUAAACACCCAGUUGAGCAUGUUCUACCAGAACUUCAAGGGACUCUUGGUUCGCGCACUACUAGAGGUAAGAGCACGGAACCCUGGCACCGAUCUCGACCUCUACAUUGAAGCAUAUAUUCUCAAUCAGUUCAAUUCCAUCCUGUCCUACACUCGAGGCUCGGAGCCGGAUACUGUAGACUUCUAUGGUCUGUCUUGGAUUUCUCAACGUGCCACGUCGUUCAAUUCUGUCGGAAGUAUCGGUGCUCUGGACGUCCUCAACGGGGUCAUGAACCUCACAGUAUCGGCAGCCGGGCCGAAUACUGGCGGUACUACUACAAGCGCAACUACUGAAGUCCCGACUGCGACCGACUCCGCACGCGAGUCUCAACACGCAUCGAUCGAUACAGGUGCGGUAGCGGGAGGGGUAGCGGGAGGGAUCGUUGUGCUCCUCGCCGCGAUAGGUCUCUGUUUGUGGCGGCGUCGCCGAAGAGCUGCGAAGAGGGAACAGCACUCCGCCACCACUCACUUCGGUGACAUCCCUACCGUUGGCAUAGACCCAUUCGUGCUUUCUGCGCCCGCAAACCAACCUUCUUCGAAGUGGAACGACUUCUACGCGCCCAACCCAGGAGGAUCUCGCGCAUCUUCGAUAGAAACAGGAGCGCCGACGAGAGUCGUACAUCGCGCGCAAGUUCCCGCGGAAAGACCCUUGUCUACCGAGGAUAGACUUGAACAGGAGGAUUUGGAUCUACCGGGCGCCGUCGGACGUCUACGCAACUUGAUUCGCUUGUUGCAUCCGAGCCAAGACGAGUUUCCGCCUGCGUAUGCCUCUUGA